AUGUCUGCCGCUGACCACGCCGAUGAUCUCAUUGACUACGAGGAGGAAGACGAACAAACCAUCCAAGCCCCCGUUUCCAUCAGAAAAGAUGACGCCAACGGUGCUCUUCCCGAAGAUGAAGAUAAAAAGGACAAGAAGGGUUCCUACGUUGGUAUCCAUUCCACUGGUUUCCGUGAUUUCUUGUUGAAGCCUGAACUCCUGAGAAGUAUCGUGGAUUGCGGUUUCGAACAUCCUUCUGAAGUCCAGCAAGAAUGUAUCCCUCAAUCCAUUUUGGGAAUGGACGUCAUCUGCCAGGCCAAAUCCGGUAUGGGUAAAACGGCUGUGUUUGUAUUGGCUACUUUGCAGCAAAUCGAACCCGUCAACGGUGAAGUCUCUGUGGUGGUUCUCUGCCAUACCCGUGAAUUGGCUUUCCAGAUCAAGAACGAAUAUGCCCGUUUCAGCAAGUACUUGCCUGAUAUUCGCACUGAAGUGUUCUACGGUGGUGUGCCCAUGACCAAAGAUAUUGAAAUCCUCAAGGAUAAGAACAAGUGCCCUCACAUCCUUGUCGGUACCCCUGGUCGAGUCCUCGCUCUUGUGCGUGAAAAGUAUCUGAAGCUCAACAACGUCAAGCACUUUGUUCUUGAUGAAUGUGAUAAAAUGCUUGAACAGCUUGAUAUGCGCAGAGAUGUACAAGACAUUUUCCGUUCCACUCCUCAGCGCAAGCAAGUCAUGAUGUUCUCUGCCACCUUGGCCAAGGAAAUGCGACCGGUGUGCAAAAAGUUCAUGCAGAAUCCUUUGGAGAUCUAUGUUGAUGACGAAGCCAAGUUAACACUUCACGGUCUUUCCCAGUUCUAUAUCAAGUUGGAUGAACGUGAAAAGAACCGCAAACUCAACGAGUUAUUGGAUACAUUGGAAUUCAACCAAGUGUGUAUUUUCGUGCGAUCAGUGCCUCGUGCCAACGAAUUGAACCGUAUCUUGUCCGACUGUAACUUCCCCAGUAUCUGUAUCCACUCUCAAAUCAGCCAGGAAGAGCGUAUCAAGCGUUACAAAUCAUUCAAGGAUUUCGAAAAGCGUAUCAUGGUGGCCACGGACAUCUUUGGUCGCGGUAUCGAUAUUGAACGUGUGAACAUUGUCAUCAACUACGACAUGCCCGACAGCGCCGAUACCUACUUGCACAGAGUCGGUCGUGCUGGUCGUUUCGGUACCAAGGGUCUUGGUAUCACUUUUGUGUCGGACGAAAAAGACACCACCGUAUUGAACGAUGUCCAGAGUCGUUUCGAAAUCAACAUUAGCUCUUUGCCCGAGGAAGUUGACAUCAACUCCUACAUGACCUCUUAA